AUGAGCCUCUCCAAUGUUGAGAACAUCCUGCAUGCCGUGGAGCAAUCUCUGAAGAUGUGCCCUCGAAACGCGUAUGAGGCCCAGAAUCGUUAUGAAAGAAACACGCAAUCGCUCUCCACAGCGCGCGCGACCUUGCGGGAGUUCAGUGGAAGUCGGAUCGAAGAAAUCGCGAUGAAGCUCGCAGGGCUGGAGAUCGCGGUGGAGAAAGAAAAGGAUCGCUGCAUGCAGAUCGCGGUGGCAAGCCGCAACGCCUUUUCGUUUAACUUUGACGACUCCGAAGCCCAAGACGGGGGCGAUGUUGAGGAUGAGAUCGCGCAGGCCGAGGCGGCGCUCAAACUAAAAGCCAAGAAAAAGGCCUCCAAGGGUGAAAAUGGAAAGAAAAGCAAAUCUAGUAAGAAACCCUCGCCUCCGCAGGUGAAUCCUCUUGGUGAGAUUGGAGCCACCACCCCCUCCUCCGUGGAGGUUGCGGUGGAGGAGAUUCCACCUUCCACGACGACAACCAGCGGGGUGGAUGGAGGGUCGUCGAAGGGGGAGGUGGUUUCACGAUCCGUCGUGGAGAUCGCGCGGCGGGAUGACUGCCGGGAGGUCGGGAUGCCGCCGUGUGCGUUGGGGUAUCAACGCUGCGAGCCCUUGCCAAACUCCGCCCUCGCCGCCGUCUACUACGCGGGGGAGGUGGAAUACGAAGGUUAUACCUGUUGCUGUCGAAUCGAAUUAUAUCGCGGGGUGUUGUUGGCGUUGUGGGGGGGGAAACCGGUAGUCGAGGACGCGUUGCCACCCACCGCGGGCGUGAACGAAAUGGGGAUGAACGACCUUGGAAGACACGCGAUGAAAAACCAACGGGCCUCCCCAGAAGAGUUGAAUCUGGAUCCACUAGAAGACCCCAGCAACGACGACGAAACCGAUGGCGUUUCAUACCUCUCUUCCAAACUCGUGAAUGACUACGAGGCGGCGGAGAUCGCGCGGGAAAAGGCCGAGGCGGAUGCGAACUUCCCUCGAAACAUCUCCCCUCAACUGGCCUCGCGGCUUCGACGCUUUCCCGAUCUGAUUUGGGUGAUUUUAAUCUGCCAUGGGGGCUACUUCGCCGGUGGGGUGUUUGUCGAAGGGAGGUGCGUCCUCCACAAGGCCUUUCAGCGCUACGUUGUGCGGAAGAAGCAAGGGGGGAAGCAAUCGACCAACGCUAAGGAUGGCAGCGGGAGCUACCAUAGCGCGGGCUCGAUGAUCCGCGCCGCGCAGGAGUUGGAGUGGAAGGUGGAUGUGCGGGAUAUUAUCUUAGCUUGGCAGCCGUAUAUCGACCGAGCCUCGGUGAUUUUACACGCCGCCCCGGGUCCGCAAAAUCUCGCGAUUUUGACUGAUUUUUCUUCGCUGCCGCCGCCCGCCGCGGGCGUUGUGAAACCAUCCCCGAUUAGUGCGAAGGAUCCGCGGGUGCAGCGGGUACCGAUCACGACGCAUCGCCCGAAGUUCGAGGAGGUGCAGCGAAUUUACGAUAUUGUUUCCCAGUAUAAUGUGGUUUACGUCAUGCAAGAAUAA